CCUCUCCUGAGGACCUGGCGAGCCCAGGCCUAAGCGGCGGCCCCUCCAGGCCCCUGCAUAGCGCCCCGGGCCGGGGCCUUCCCCGCCUCGCCUUGCCCCGGGAGCCUGCCUCCCCCGCCGGGGAUGAGGCCGAGAGGCAGCCGCGCGGGCCCCAGCACAAAGGCUUGUCCCCAGGGGCUGCCUCCUCCUCCUCCACUGUUGCCACCGCCAGCCUAGAGCCGCCCGCCGAGGCGGAGCCGGCGCCCGGGCCCUCGUCCCCGCCGGUCCCCGGGGGCGGCUGCUGCCCGUCUUCCCAAAGCGCAGGAGCCCAAGCGCGGAGCCCCUUGCUCCCUCGGCUGCGGUGGGACCGGGCAGCUGCGCAGCCUCCGCGGCUCCCGUCCGUGGGGGGUCCGCGGAGCAUGUCGGAGGAGAGCGAGAUGGAGAAGGCCAUCAAGGAAACCUCCAUUUUAGAGGAAUACAGUAUCAAUUGGACUCAGAAGCUGGGAGCUGGAAUUAGUGGUCCAGUUAGAGUCUGUGUGAAGAAAUCUACCCAAGAGCGGUUUGCACUGAAAAUUCUUCUUGAUCGUCCAAAAGCAAGAAAUGAGGUUCGCCUACACAUGAUGUGUGCCACACACCCAAACAUAGUUCAGAUUAUGGAAGUGUUUGCUAACAGUGUACAGUUUCCUCAUGAGUCCAGCCCCAGGGCUCGACUCUUAAUUGUAAUGGAGAUGAUGGAAGGGGGAGAGCUAUUUCACAGAAUCAGCCAGCACCGGCACUUUACAGAGAAGCAAGCCAGCCAAGUAACAAAGCAGAUAGCUCUGGCUCUGCAGCACUGUCACUCAUUGAACAUUGCACACCGAGAUCUCAAGCCCGAAAAUCUACUCUUCAAGGAUAACUCUCUGGAUGCCCCAGUGAAGUUGUGUGACUUUGGAUUUGCCAAAAUUGACCAAGGUGACCUGAUGACACCUCAGUUCACCCCAUAUUAUGUAGCACCUCAGGUACUGGAGGCACAGAGAAGGCAUCAGAAGGAGAAGUCUGGCAUCAUACCUACCUCGCCAACACCCUACACAUAUAACAAGAGCUGUGACUUGUGGUCCCUAGGGGUGAUUAUCUAUGUGAUGCUGUGUGGAUACCCUCCUUUUUACUCCAAACACCACAGCCGGACGAUCCCAAAGGAUAUGCGGAGAAAGAUCAUGACAGGCAGUUUUGAGUUCCCAGAGGAAGAAUGGAGCCAGAUCUCAGAGAUGGCCAAAGACGUUGUACGGAAGCUCCUCAAGGUCAAACCAGAAGAGAGACUCACCAUUGAAGGAGUGUUGGACCACCCCUGGCUCAACUCAACUGAGGCCCUGGAUAAUGUGCUGCCCUCUGCUCAAGUGAUGAUGGAUAAGGCGGUGGUCGCAGGCAUCCAGCAGGCUCACGCGGAGCAGUUAGCCAACAUGAGAAUCCAGGAUCUGAAAGUCAGCCUCAAACCCCUGCACUCUGUGAACAACCCCAUCCUGAGAAAGAGGAAGUUACUCGGCACCAAGCCCAAGGAUGGUGUUUAUCUCCAUGACCGUGAGAAUGGAGCUGAGGAUUCAAAUGUUGCCUUGGAAAAGCUCCGAGACGUGAUCGCUCAGUGUAUUCUCCCCCAGGCUGGAGAAAAUGAAGAUGAGAAGCUGAAUGAAGUCAUGCAGGAGGCAUGGAAGUAUAACCGGGAAUGCAAACUCCUAAGAGAUACUCUGCAAAGCUUCAGCUGGAAUGGUCGUGGAUUCACAGAUAAAGUGGAUCGACUAAAACUGGCAGAAAUUGUGAAGCAAGUGAUUGAAGAGCAAACCAUGUCUCAUGAAUCCCAAUAACAAUGGCUUCAAACUUUUUUUUUACAAUUUGAAAUUGUAUUCUUUAAUGUAUAAAGGAAUUUUUAUGUAAAUUAAUAAAUCAUAAUUUCAUUUCCA